GGGUUCAGCGGCGUCACAGCCGCUAUGUGUCAUUUCAACAGAUAAACUACCGAGCGUCAAAGCCGUCCCGUCUCCUGCGCUGCUCCCGGGCCCGGAUAAUGGCUGAUAGCGACUGUUAGCGUGCUUAUUCUGUUUAAUGUACACAAACCAAACCUGCUCCUCUUUGAAUCACCCUCGCUUGGUUUUUUUUUUUUUAAUUUGGGAUGGGGAUGAUUUUUCCAGCGGGCAACAUGUCCCUCCUGGCGCUGACUUUGGCGCUCCUCACCAUCGUCCUCUGCACUUCUCACGUCAGUGGGAACGAGGACUGUUUGUGGUAUGUGGAUAAAAACGGCACCUGGCACAAUGGCUUUGACUGCCCUCUCAUCACGUUCUGCUGCGGGAACUGCAAUCGGCGCUACUGCUGCCUGGACGCCUUCAAGAUGAUCACCGAGAGGGAGCAGAAACGCUGUAUGCUCUUCCAGUUUAGCCCCACCACUUUAGCUGGCAUCGCCUCCUCCAUCCUCCUGUUUGUGGCCAUUAUAGCCACCAUGGUGUGCUGCUUCAUGUGCUCUUGCUGCUACCUCUACCAGAGACGACAGCAGAGGGGGCGGACACCUUAUGACGCCCAGCAGAUCCCCAUGGCCAGCUACCCAGUGGAGCCCAUGUAUGAUGCUUAUGGAAAGCCACUGGGACCCUCUGAGUAUCCCCAUCUAGGUUAUCCUAUGGCACCCCAUUACCCUGGUAUGCCCCCACACUACCCGAUGAUGCAGCCUGGACCUUAUCCACCACACCUGAUGGAUCCUGCAUACAGCCAGGCCCCUCCACCUUACUCUCCACCACAAUAUCCUGGUCAUUGAUGGGCUGGUCUACAAAGAAAACACAGAGUGGGGGAAAAACAUCAGCUGAGGGAAAAGACUGUUUCAAAUGAAGAAGGCAGCGACACACUCUCCUACACACUCUCAACUAACCACUACAGCUCAACUAGCAGUGGUUCACGUGUGAAGGAGAGCAGGAGGCACUUUAAGGGUAUUUUGUUUGUUUAUUUUAUAUGUUUACAAUGUUGUCCUACUUUUCUUGAGUAAUUACAUGAAAUUCUGUUGUGCAACCCGACACCCGAGUGCGCCAAGAGCGUCACACUAUCCCCAAAGUGAAGAAGUAUCCAGCAGGGUGCUCAACUCUGUGUUGCUUUGACACACUCGUCUCAUUGACGAGGUGUCUUUAAAACAGGCAUGACCAAACAGAGAAGUGGUCAGAAGGUAUUUAUGAGAAUAUGAAUGCACUCUGUCUUUAUUCUUUGAAGGGAAAGAGGCUUAACUGGUCCAUUUUCUUAUUUUUUAUAUAUAACUGCCUGAGGCUACAUUCCAGAUCAUCUCGGUCCCUGGUCUACUGUCUACAAAUAUACAAUUCACUUAGAAGAAUUGAAAUAUAAUUACAUUAUGUCCCUACCUCUGUAUUUAAUGUUUUUAAUUGUAGAGGCUUAGGUGAAAAACAAAUUGCAUGUUUGAUUACAAAUGUGACACGUGUGGUUAAAGGCAGUGCGACACUGUCUUAAAUUUGCUCAGAUGGAAUUCAUUGUACUCUUGAUUCUUUGUAAGAAGCCUUUAGUCGCCUGUUUGUUUGAACUUUGUGUCUUCUUUUUCUGUAUCUGACUCGACUACUUUACUUCAUGGUAGUAUAUUAGCUGCACCAUUUGUAAUGUAACAUCUCAACGUCAGCAUGCUGCUCCCAGUCAAAGAUAUCUGUCCUCUCAUGCUUCUUUUCCUGUUUUAAAUAAAUAACUGAUGAUGAGUCCUAAUAUAAAAUCCAACACAGCAGGUAGGAUGUUUGAAAGUGAAAUUAAUGUGAAGUGUUUAUUUCUUGUACCAUAUCAGGUCAUGGGAGCUGCAGGUCCUUAAAAUAAUUUACCAUGAAGAAGAGAUUAACUAUUUAAAUACAUAUUUUGUAAAUCUGUUUGUUUUUUCGGCUGAUUGUUUGAUGAAAUUGUAACGAGUUAUUUUAAAAGUAUUGUUAGUGUAACAUAUGACGUUUUAGCAUUUUGGCAUCAUUUAUUAACAUUAUUAUUGACGGUACCUUUUACUGUGAACUGGUUCUCAACUUCUGAACAAGCUUCAAAGCCAAAAAUCUGGACUGUUUCGGAGUAGGCUACCCAUCUCGUAUUUUUGUAUGAGAAAUAAUGAAGCUAAACUAGUUUUAGAUACGCUAGAUUGAGUUAGCAGUGGGUUAGCUUACUUUAGCAACCAGCUAAGAUGGAAAGGAAACAGGGAAAGUGCAAAAGCAAAGGUCAGAGAAUAGGUUGCCAUUUCAAUUCAUAUUAUUUUUUUUUAUAUAUAAAAUCAGAAAAUUGAACAUAAGUUAAAAGAAAGGCUGGUUUAUUGGACGACAACUGGUCUCAUAGUCUCUUCAGGCAGCGGUUGAUAGUCAACCAGUGGAGACUCCAGGGAUAGUCCAGUGUUCUGGGCCUUUGAGGUGUUUGUGAAACUUGUUAAAGUUAUAAAGAGACAGGUUAAAAAAAAAAAAUAGAAAGAGCCAGGUUAUCUCCUGUUUUCUGUCCCUUUGCUAAACCAAGCAAAUAGGCUGUGACAGGAAAGGUUAGCUAGCUACAUUAACCUACUGACAGUGGCAGGAAUCAUCCCAUAGCUAGCUUAGCUCCUCAAGAAAGCAGAUAAACCAGGUGUGCAUUUCCUAAUUUAUUGGAAUACUCAUUCAAAUGUACACUGAACAGUUACAGAUGUGUGCUCAAGUUGGGUCUAAGCCUGAAAUCUGUAAUAGUCUAUCAUGUGACCUUUUUAAAAUGCAUGAGGAAAAAGGCAUUUACUUUACAAUAAAUUAGCAGUAUGAUGAUUUAUAGAUUAUGCCUCGAUUCUGUUCAAUCCCAUAUUUUCAAUACAAUAAGAUACACAUUUUAAAUGAUUAUGCAGGUCAGGGAAACCUAGUCAAACUUUUCCACGAGAAAUACUGCUGCACUUAAUCUCUUAACCAAUGCAAUGUACAAAACAAUAUCUACUGUAGGUAGUUUCCAGAUUAAAUUGUUUCCAACUGCAAGGUCCUUGUGAAGAGAUUUGUGAGCCAUUUCAGAACACUGGACUUUUCUUUGUGAGAUGCUUUCAUAUGUAGUUUGACAUAACGUUUGCUCAAUGAUGUUUCUGUCUAUUUGUGCUUCUAAAUCAACUCCAUGAGUGUGUAAAAUGAAACUGACAUCAGCUGGCAAAAUAACUCGGUAGACAUGGCUGUUUUCUCUGUCGUCAUAUGGAUGGUAUGACGUUGUAAUAUAAAGUGGGUGAAAAGUUUUUAUUUCUAUUGACAUAAAAAUUUAACUUUGGAAUGUAAAAGGAAA